AUGAGCUUUCUCCCGGGUCGGUUGACCACGAUGUCCCUCUUCUUUAUCCUCUCGUUGGGUAGUAUCCCCCACGCGACGGCGUCGUACCUCUCCUCCGGGGCGAGGCCGAUCCCGACCAUCACGGAAGCCCACCUACUUCCUCGGGCCACGGAAAGCUUCACUGCCGUGUCAGAGUGUCAUAAGCACAGCACCGCAGUAUACUGCAUGUACGGCGCGACGGAACUUCAAGUGGUGGUGCCGGCAACGAUAACCGGAGAACUUCCACCCACUUACACCGACUGCCAUAGCCACGGCUCUGACUCAUACUGCGUUGGACCAGAUGGAAAUGAUGUCCAAGUCCUCAGCCUACCUAGCAGCAGCUCUGAAUCUGGUGACUCCUCGGGAUCCGAAACAAAUAGUGAUUCUCAAGAUGAAAGCGCGGGACUGAACUGUCACUUUCACGCGGGUGUCGAACACUGCGUCGGCGAGGGACAGGGCGAAGGAUCGGCUAGUCCUGUAUCAUGCUUGCGCCGAGAUCGAGAGUACAACGUCCCCCUUCGUAUCGGCCUACUCUUCGUCAUACUCGUUACUAGUUUCAUCGGUGUUGUCGCACCUAUAUUCCUCAAGCCGGUGUUGUCCUCGAAGUUCGAAAUAGUCUUCAUUAUCCUCAAGCAAUUUGGUACUGGCGUGAUCAUCGCAACAGCGUUUGUCCAUCUCUUCACUCACGCGCAACUCAUGUUCACCAAUGAGUGCAUUGGUACAAUCGAGUACGAGGCAGUGACUGCUGCCAUCGUCAUGGCCGGAUUGUUCCUAUCGUUCGUAGUCGAAACGGCCAGCCAUCGCAUCGCCCAGAAAUUCCGGGACAGGUCUCGGUACAAUGACGACAUCGUUGGCGUUGCCGUGCUCGAGGCCGGUAUCAUAUUCCAUUCGCUGCUUAUCGGUCUUACUCUAGUAGUUGCUGGGGACAGCUUCUUCAUCACUCUGUUCAUUGUCAUUCUGUUCCACCAGAUGUUCGAAGGCAUCGCUCUCGGAACACGCAUUGCCUCCAUCGGGGACCGAGCUAAGGGUGCGAGAGAGGGCGCCGCUCAUGUGCUGGCGACGGCAGGAAAAGACGCUUCCGAGCAGGGGCAAGAAGCUACGGCUGCGGAUGGCAACGCAGAUUCCGUAGACGAAGGCAAAAAUUGGAAAUCCCUGUCGCUGACCAAGAAACUGAUCAUGGCCAGCGCCUUCGCCGUGAUAACCCCUAUCGGCAUGGCGAUCGGGAUCGGGGUUCUCAACCAAUUCAACGGCAACGACCCGCAGACGUUGAUCGCCCUGGGCACCCUGGACGCGCUGUCUGCUGGUAUCCUCGUCUGGGUUGGCGUUGUGGAGAUGUGGGCGGCAGACUGGAUGUUUGACGGCGAACUGGCACACGCCGGACCUGUCGUCACGGCUCUCGCCGGACUCGGCCUUAUCGCGGGCAUGGUUCUGAUGAGUUUCCUGGGCAAAUGGGCAUAA